GAGUUCAUCAUUAUAAUUUAAAAGAAUUUGUGUGUGAUUAGAGUUAGUUGUUGUACUUUGUUGAUAUCCAUUUGAUGAUACCUGACUUAUAGUGUACUUGUAUACAUUGUAAAUACCCCUUUUGAUAGUAGGUCUAAAUCACCGGAUUAACCAAGUACCCUUAGACCUCACAGGAAAAAAAAUAAAGGAGUUCUGUCAUGUCAAAUUUUAAAAACAUGUCAUAAAUAUUUUCGUCAAAAUCUAUAACUUAUAUAUCAUAGUUAUACCAGUCAGACGCCUUAUAUCAAAAGAUAACUUAUCAAGUUGAUUGGUAACAUCAUUAUUCAGUCCAUAUCAUAGAUUAUAAACCCGCCCUGGUAUAUAAUAAACCGUAUUAUUUUGGGGUUUUCUAUUUCUAAUCAUAGUUUAUCAUUAGACAAAUUUCACUUCUGAAUAGACAUAGUCAAAUUUUAUAGCCAUGACCCAUCUUGGGUCCGAUACAAAUUCUGAUGAUUCGGAAUCUUCUAUCAUGGAGCAUAGAUUGUUUCCCACUAUGGAGGAUAAGCAUAAAGAUGUAGCUUCAUCUGAAGUAUCAUCUCGAAAUUCUUAUCAUUUGGAUUCAUUAGGAAAUGAUUCUACAAGUUCUAUUGGUGAUUUACGUCAUAUCUUUGUUAGACAUCAUCAAACUGAUAAUCAAUAUAAUCAAGCUUAUGAAGAUGAUGAUACAGAACAAGAUUUAACUGAUGUAGCGACGUUUGAAUCCCAUAAUUAUUCGAUUGAUUCAUCGAUUAUAAAUCAAAUAACUCAUAAUCCUGAUCAUCUAGAUAAAAUUGAUAAUAGUGGUGAAAGAUUUAAAUAUUUAAGAGGUUAUGAAAAGUUAAAGAAGGAUAAAAUUAAACAAGUUGAAAUCGAUCAAACAGUUCAAAAUAUGAAAGAUCAUCAACAAAUCCCUUUGCAAGUUUUAGAAUCUCAUUCAUCAGUAUUUGAAUUAUCUCAAUUAGAUGAUUUCAAUAAGUACAUUAAACAAACUGAAUUAAAUGAUAUCAUUUAUGCCAAAGUAGCCAAGAAUCUCCCUCCUAAAGAAAAUGAUUUAUUAAAUGUGGUUCAAUCAAAAGAGUUAUCUAAAAACUUUUAUGCUGAUCAUGAUUUUACAAAUGAAACUAAAACAAAUAUUUUAAAACCUUCAACCAUAAAAUUAAAAACUUGGUAUGGUAGAAAAUAUUCAAAUACUACAGGUGAUCGUCCUGUUACUUCAAAAAUAAGUAUAAGUGAAUUAAAUUAUUCGAAUUCUCCAAGUUCAUCAGAUACAGCUGAUAGAGCUAAUAAAAUCUAUUUACAAAGAAAAUUAAAAGUACGACACUUACAAAUGAUUUCAUUAGGUGGAACUUUAGGAGUAGGAUUAUUUCUUAAUUCAGGUAAAGCAUUAACUAUCGCUGGUGGAUUUGGAACAUUACUAGCAUAUGUUGUUUGUGGGAUAAUCGUUUUAGCCACUAUGGUUUCAUUCUGUGAAAUGGUAACAUUCGUAUCUGUUGUGGAUGGAGUAUCAGGUUUAAGUUCAAGAUUUGUCGACGAUGCAUUUGGAUUCGCUGUGGGUUGGUUAUAUUUUGUAAGUUUUUCAUUUGGGUUAGCAGGUGAAAUUGUCGCCAGUGUCAUUAUGUUAUCAUAUUAUCCAUAUCUAAAUAUCCCGGCCGAUAAAGGUUCAUCAGCUGGAUUUGUUACGUUAUUUUUAACCAUUGUGGUGUUAAGUAAUCUUAUUGAUGUUCGAAUAUUUGGUGAAAUUGAAUAUAUUUCAAGUUUUAUUAAAUUAAUAGCAGCAUUAAUCAUGAUUAUUGUCAUGAUUGUAUUAAAUCGUGGUGGAUUUGGUAGUGGUGAAGCGAUUGGAUUCCGAUUUUGGAAUCAUCUGAAAUCAGAUUUUGAUCAUAAUAUUAUAUUUGGAUUAUUUCGACCUAGAUUUAAUUUACAUGAUACAGGUACUAAUCCUCCUGAUGAAGGUAUUGGUGGAGGUGAAGGUAGAUUUUUAUCUUUUUUAGUUGCAUUAUUAGUUGUAUCAUAUGCUUAUAGUGGUACAGAAAUUGUUUGUAUUGCUGCUUGUGAAGCUCAAAAUCCAAGAAAAGCUUUACCAUCAGCUACUAAAAGAGUAUUUUGGAGAAUUUUAUUAUUUUAUUGUUUAUCAGCCUUUUGUGUAUCAUUAAACGUUUAUGCUGGCGAUCCAAGAUUAUUAAGAUAUUAUCUGGGUAAUACAGGUAUUGCUCAAGAUCAAUUUGCUGCCAAUUAUGCCAUUGAAUAUGCUGGUGGAGUUAAUUGUAAUACUGAAUCACUUGUAUUUGCUGGAUUUGGGACUGGUGCCCAAAGUCCUUGGAUUGUUGCUUUACAAAGUGCUGGAUUAUGUAAUUUCAGUUCAGUAGUGAAUGGAUUUUUAGUGUUUUUCGCUAUAAGUUGUGGUAAUGCUCAAUUAUAUGUUAGUUCUCGUACGGUUUAUUCCAUGGCAUUACAAAGAAAAGCUCCUAAAUUCCUUACUUAUUGUAAUGCUCAAGGUAUUCCUUAUAAUGCAGUAUUAUUUGCAGCCAGUUUUGGAUUAUUAUCAUAUUUAUGUGUUUCAGAAAAGGCCACCGUUGUAUUUCAAAAUUUAACUAGUAUUAUUGCAUCAUCAGGGAUAAUGGUUUGGUUUGCCAUGUGUUUAUCAUUUAUCCGGUUUUAUUAUGGACUUAAAAGACGACCUGAUAUUAUUAAUAGAGAUGAUAAAGCUUAUCCUUAUAGAUCUCCAUUCCAACCUUAUAGUGCUAUUAUUGGACUUAUUGGUACAACUGUGAUUAUCUUUGGAAUGGGAUUUGUGGUAUUUAUCAGAGGAGAAUGGAAUACGAUGUUUUUCUUUUCAAGUUAUGGUACAUUGAUAAUAUUUGCUGUAUUAUAUAUUGGUUAUAAAGUGGUUAGAGGUACUAGAAUUCCAACGUUGGAUACUAUUGAUUUUGAUUCCGGUAGAACUGAAAUGGAUAGAUUCAUUUGGGAUGGAGGUAGAGAAUAUAAUGCAAGGAGUGUUAAGGAUACCUUACUGAAAUUUAUCUCAUUCCUUGCAUAGAGUAGAGGUUGUUGUCGUUGUCGUUGUUGUUGUUUGUUAUUUUGUUUGCGUUUAUCUUAGCAUUUUUACAUUACCGUUCGUUCAGGUUGGGAUUUCAUUUUUAUUGUUUUUGUUGUUUUUUUAUAGUUAUUACGGUUUCAUUUCAUACAUUUAUAAACAUUUCUAUAUGUUGUAUUAUAUAAACUUUCACAUCCUUUAAUAAAUUAAUUCAUUUUAGCCCUAAUUGCAGUAGCAUAUUCAACCAACUA